UCGCCCUAGCUGCAUUGUCUGUGUCGGAGAGACUCAUCACCAGAGAGGAGAUCGAGGAGGUGACGUGAGGUGAGGUUUGCAGCUUGCAAGUCGGUCGGCGUCAUGGCAUACAACGGCCGUGACCAGCGGUACGGCGGCGGCAUCGCUACGCCGGGGUACGCACCGCCGGUGCCGUACGGGAUGUCGCAGGUGAACAUCGAGGGCAACGGGUGCGGUCGGCCGCUGCCGCCGCAGCCGACCGUGAAGGUGUACUGCCGCGCCAACCCCAACUACGCCAUGACCAUCCGCGACGGCAGGGUGGUGCUGGCGCCGGCGAACCCCAAGGACGAGUACCAGCACUGGAUCAAGGACAUGAGGUGGAGCACGAGCAUCAAGGACGAGGAAGGUUACCCGGCGUUCGCGCUGGUGAACAAGGCGACCGGGGAGGCCAUCAAGCACUCGCUGGGGCAGUCCCACCCGGUGCGCCUGGUGCCCUACAACCCGGACUUCCUGGACGAGUCCGUGCUCUGGACCGAGAGCCGCGACGUCGGCAACGGAUUCCGAUGCAUCCGCAUGGUCAACAACAUCUACCUCAACUUCGAUGCCCUCCACGGCGACAAGUGGCACGGCGGUGUCCGCGACGGCACCGACAUCGUGCUCUGGAAGUGGUGCGAGGGCGACAACCAGCGCUGGAAGAUCCAGCCCUACUACUGAACCAACUGAUCGAUGAUGAGAUCUAUCGAUGAUCAUCCAUCGUCGCGUCGAUCGAUCCUGUCGUCAUGCAUGGAGACGACGUGCAUGUACGUAUGGCCUAUGUAUAUGUAUCUAUAUAUGUACGCAUGUAUACGCACUAGCAGAAUAACUGAGCCUCGAUCAUCUCCUAUGCCGUCUGCUCGUCUUUCUGCACGCAUGUCUGUCAGCAUGUGUGCAUAUUAGAUAAAGCAGCAGGAGCGAGAUGAGGGGUACUCAUGGUCAUGUAUAUGUACCUUGCAACAAUAAGUAGCGAUACAACACAUACUUAUUAUGGAAGUACUCCUACAUACAUAAUAAAGUUGCUCGGGUGUAUUAACAUAUACGUAUAUGCCUAUUAUAAUUA